AUGGAAUAUAUAGUGAGGGAUUUUUCAUCUAUCUCUGAUUUCUUGUAUGAAAUUCAAAGCUCUUAUGUCAAUCAAAAUGCUGUUCAGUAAUAGUAUAAUCAUAAUAAGAGCAUUUAAUGCAUUUGAUAUAAUUUUUGUAGCUGGAAGUGGAACUACUUUGCCAUGGUCAUAAUAGAUGGAAAAGAUUUUGGUUCUCCAAAGAAUGUGUAUCAAAAUUAAUAAAUAUUUAUUUGCCUGUGGCUGUGGAAUGAUGGGAUUAGUAUUUCUAUCGGCAUCUAACUUUGAUAGAACUGUUUAUUUUACCAAUGAUGAAUUACAUCCUUAAAAGUACUUUAUAGAGAAAAGCACUGGCGAUAUUUUUGUAUAUCAUCCUGAUACGAAAACAUGGCAACCUAAAAGCAAUGCAGGAUUACACAAUAACAAAGCAGCCUAAGAGUUUCAGACUUUGGGAAAGUACAUACUGAAAGCUCCUAUUUAUCGUCCCUUUAAAAAUAUAGAAGUAUAUGCCAGUAAAACUAAUGAAAUAAUCGUGCAUAUAAAAUCCUCCCAUGUGAAUCAUUAUAUAUUUGAAGGUGUAAAAAGUUAGUCUUUUGUUGCUACUACAUCUUCGAAGUGGGAUGUUCAUUCAUUUUCAUUUCCUUCUAUUGAAAGAGCAUUUACAAUUUUAGCAGAAUCUGAUAGAGGUCCUAUCAUAAUCGAAUAUGGCUCCUAUAUUAUAGCCACCUUAUUUGAUAUUUCACUAAAUUAUGAGGCAACUACUUAGAUUAUUGCCAAUUUCAUUAAAACUACAGUAGAUAAGAUAAAAGGAGGAGCUAAGAUUUAAGAAUAAUCAAAGGGGGUUUAUAUAGGUAAAAACAAAUUCAAAGCAAAAAGAAAUCUAAAAAUUGAGUUGCUCUAUCGAUCAGCUCCAAAUUCCCCCGAGCAUUCAUAAUAAUAAUCUUUCAAACAUAGUGGUUUUGCUGUAAAAAAAUCUUAAUAAAUAUUUACUUCAUAAAAUUUCAUUUCAACUCACAGUUUUCAUUAAUCUCCUUAAAUGACUAAGAGAAUACCAUUGAGUAAAAAGUUGAGAAACUUGAAAUUAGAAUAAACUGAAUAAGAGUAACAAAAUUUUCAAUCCCCUUAAUCCUGUAUGACAAGAAAUGAAAUUAUUAAAUUCCUCCACCCUUCUUUAGAUAUGGAAUUUAGUUCUUUCUGGAUUCCCGGUUAACAAACUAAAUUAUCAAAUACUCUUAAAUCGAAAAGAAAAUGA